CGGCGCUCGCGCAGGCCGGUUGCCUUACGUUACGUCCCGCCCGCCGCCAGCGCCCGCGUAAAUCAACUAGUUUGCUGUUGUAAAUACUGUACAGUUUUCCAUAUAAGUGUAAAUUCAAAGCUGUAAGAUGUUGCUCUGGAUAUGGCUGGGUUGCCUCGUCAUCGCAGCUCUUCUGUACUUCCGGCAACUUUACGGCUUCUUUAAACGGCAAGGUGUGAAGACACCCUUGAUCGUCCCACCUUUCGGCACUAUACUGAGCAUUUUUAUACAACGAGAUCACUUUACUGAAGAAAUUACUAAGGUUUAUAACCGAUUUUCUGAACAGAGGUUCUACGGCGCUUUCCAAUUCUUGAAGCCGUUUCUGAUGGUGAGAGACAUCGAACUGAUCAAGAAGAUUGGCGUCAAGGACUACGAGCACUUCCUCGACCACAAUAGUUUAUUUAAAGAGGAACACGAUAAGCUUUUUGGAAGAAAUCUGAUUUCGUUAACAGGACAGGAAUGGAAAGAUAUGCGAUCAACCCUGAGCCCUGCUUUCACCAGCUCCAAAAUGAAAUUGAUGCUGCCACUGAUGGUGGAAGUUGGAGAUCAAACGAUCCAUUUGCUUAAGAAGAAAAUAAAGGAGUCUGAACAGGAUUAUUUAGACAUUGAAGUGAAAGAUCUAACGACCAGAUAUGCAAAUGACGUAAUUGCAUCUUGCGCCUUUGGCCUGAAGGUAGAUUCUCAAAUGGACAGAGACAACCAGUUUUACGCAAUGGGAAAAACUGUUUCUGCUUUCACUUUCCGUCAACUAAUUAUAUCCUUCUUGUUUUAUUGUUUCCCGAAAGUGUGUCAAAUAUUCAAAUGGACUCUGUUCCCGAAGCCAGUGCAAAACUUCUUCAGGACGCUGGUAAAGGAGACGAUGCAGAACAGAGAGCUCAAGCAAAUCGUUCGGCCUGACAUGAUACAUCUGCUAAUGGAAGCUAAGAAAGGAAAAGUAACUUAUGAUGAGAAAACAAACCAAGACAAGGACACCGGCUUUGCCACCGUCGAAGAGUCAUCCGUAGGCCAAAAUAAAAUCAGCAGAGGUACGUCAAAUCGGAAUAGCCAUGACAUCAGCUGA